UGCAGUAAUUGCAAGCAGCAGAUGUUAAUAACAGUGCUUUAGUCCACUGUUCAUGGACCUUAGAAAGGAUGGGAGGCUGAGUCAAUCUUGAGCCUGGGUGCAGCAUGCUGACGACUAAACUCUACACGUUGGUGCUGGUGAUGCAGCCUCAGCGCGUCCUGCUGGGCAUGAAGAAGCGCGGCUUCGGGGCUGGCCUCUGGAACGGCUUUGGGGGAAAGGUGCAGCUGGGGGAGACAGUGGAGCAGGCAGCCCGAAGGGAGCUUCAGGAAGAGAGCAGCUUGACCGUGGACACCUUACAGAAAAUGGGCCAGAUUACCUUUGAGUUUGUAGGCAACGCGGAGCUGAUGGAAGUCCAUAUCUUUCGCACCGACAGUUUCCACGGAGACCCCACCGAAAGUGACGAAAUGCGCCCUCAGUGGUUUGACAUGGACCAGAUCCCUUUCAAGGAGAUGUGGCCGGAUGAUAUCUAUUGGUUUCCUCUUCUGCUCCACAAAAAAUAUUUCCUGGGCUAUUUUAAGUUUCAGGGGCAGGAGACUAUCUUGGAAUAUACCCUGAAAGAGGUGGAGAAGAUGGAAGAAGGAUUUCCUGACAGAGACAUAAAGGACAUUCUGGCAGGGAAGGAACCACUGCCAGCUCUGUAGCAAAACAAUUCUUCUGCCAAAUUCAUUGUUUGUUGACUUUCUAGGAGAGGGGGAAAAAAACCCUCUCAAAACUACUUGUUCAUGUACAGAAAUGUGUCCCGUGACCAGAGGAUACUAAAUUAUGGGAAAAUAUGGUCAAACCAGAAGAAGAAAUGUUUGGACAUCCUCCAUACCACGAAGAAAAACGCUUUGAUCGUACAACGUUGCAAUAAAUGCGUUCAACUCAAAAUAAACUUUCAAACUUUUAA